AUGGUAUCAUUGCUAGUCAAAGAAAAGUUGUAUAUCAACGAGGUCGUCCUCGGCACCGCAUGCGGCGUCAUCUUCGGCCCAUACUGCGCCAAUGUGUUCGACCCCCGCUCCUGGGGCGCGGACAGCAACGUCAUCACGCUUGAAGUCAUGCGCAUCACCCUCGCCGCCGGACUCUUCGCUAUCGGCGUUGAGCUGCCGCAGUCGUACUUGGCGGAUAACGCCAGGAGCCUCAUGGUCAUGGUCGUGCCCACUAUGGCGUUCGGUUGGUGUAUCGUAGCGGCGGUCAUUUUCGUGAUAUUUCCCCCGCUGAACUUCAUCUCGUCCCUUGUCAUCGCGGCCUGUCUCACACCUACGGACCCUAUCAUUUCCGCGGCCAUUGUCGGCGGAAGAUUCGCAACGAAACACGUCCCGUUGAAUCUCAGGCGCAUUCUUUCUGCCGAGUCCGCUGCAAACGAUGGUCUCGCGUACCCAUUCCUGAGCUUGUCCGUCUAUCUUACCACGGAAUCCUCCCGUCGGGUAGCAAUUGGCAACUGGUUCCUCGUUGGCUGGCUUUACCAAGUCAUCUUGGGCACUGUCAUUGGCGCGGUACUCGGCGUCGCGUUCUCGCACUUGAUGAAGUUCUCACACCGCAAAGGGUACAUCGACCGACAGUCCUACGUCGCACAGUACUUGGCGCUCGCGCUGUUCACAGUCGGCAUCACCCGGACGUUGGGCAGCGACGAUCUCCUCGCCGCCUUCGCAGCGGGCUCCGCGAUAAGUUGGGACGGCUACUUCAACACGCAAACGGAGGACGAGGUGUUCUCGUCGGUGAUCGACCUCCUGCUCAACUGCGGGUGCUUUGUGUACAUCGGCGCGUGGAUGCCGUUCAGUCUGUUCAAUGCGCCCGAGCUCGGUAUCACGCCGUGGCGCCUCGUCACUCUAUUUCUCGCUGUCCUGGUACUGCGGCGCAUCCCGCCUCUUUUGCUCCUGUACAAGUGGGUGCCGGAGAUCAGGACAUGGAGAGAAGCCAUGUUCUCGGGACACUUCGGUGAGCGGAUCGAUUCUAGCCGCGGCAUGGGUGUCGGGGCUAUCUUCGUCUCGACGCUGGCUGUGACGGAGCUCCCGACACCGCACUCCCCGCCCGAAAACCAGGCCGAGCUGCUCGCCGCGACGCUGCAGACGAUUGUCGCCUUCGUCGUACUGGGGUCCAUCAUCAUCCACGGCCUGUCGAUUCCCUUCUUCUCGUUCGGACGGAACGUCCGCGCGCGCACGCUCUCGCUCACGCACACCUGGACACUGCGCACCGGCAGCGUAGGCCCUGCAGUGCCUGACUGGACCCUGUGGGCGCGUCGCACGCAUGAGGGCACCCUCACGCGCCCGGGCACCCCGCUCAACGUCGGCGGAACUGACGAUGUCGAGCGCGGCCUAGACACGAAGGACCUCCUUGCCAGCGUGGCGGAGCCGCAGGCCGCGCUGCUACCGGCGGAGGACGAGGGUUUGGAGAUCGUGAAUAUGCAUGUUGAAGAUGUGAAUGUUGACCACGUCCCGGAACUGGGCGCGGCAGCGGCAAUGAUCAGCGGCAGCGGCGCGGCGGCAGGCCCCGCGCGCGCCAUCGACAUAGAAGUCGCGCUCGCACCCGCCCAAGAGGCAAUCCCCGUCCUCGAGCAGGCCAUGGCACCGGCGGAAGCUGGCAACACCCACGUCAACGUGAAACACGCCGCCGCUGGCAACGACGCGCGAGCAGUGAAGCUGGCGCUGCCCUCCCUGGGCGCCUUCCCCCACGCUGGCCAGGCCGGCGCGGGCUCAGACGCGUGCGUGCAGUCCCCUGCUACGCCGUCACCGUCGCCGUCGCCCACGCAGCGUUCUGUUCGCUUCCCCGUCCCUCCGCGGCUCGCCAGCCACGAGGCCGCCGACCGCAAUCGCGCGCCGUCGGCGGGCUUUCCCAGCCUAGCCAAGGAGGUCCACUUCUCGGACGAGCAGGGCGCCGCCGCUACCGUGGAUGUCGGAGCGGUCGAAGGCGUAGCGGGGGUGAGCGAGGGCGUACCUGGCAGCGGCGGCGGCGGAGACGUGCUGCAGGGACGGGAUGCGCACUUCCCCGCAUCCCAAUAA